AUGUCUGUCACUCUACAUACCACAUUAGGAGAUAUUAAAAUCGAGAUUUUCUGUGAAGCUGUACCUAAGACUGCCGAGAACUUCCUCGCCCUCUGCUCCUCCCACUACUACGACCUCAGUCCCAUCCACCGACUCAUCCCAUCCUUCAUGUUCCAAACCGGGUCCCCCUCCUCCCUGAACCCCCAUCUCUCUCCUCCAUACCCCAAAUCCGGCACUUCUAUCUGGGGCACUCCCUUCGCCGACGAAAUCCGACCUACUCUGCGCCAUCACACGCGGGGCAUCGUUUCUAUGGCCAAUAAAGGACCUGGCACAAAUGGAUCUCAAUUUUUUAUAUUGUUUGCGCCGGCGCCGCAUUUGGAUGGGGUGAAUAGUGUUUUUGGUCAUGUGGUGGGCGAGGAGAGUAUGAGGGUUUUGGGGGAGUUGGAGAGGGUGGAGACGGAUGGGAAGGGGAGGCCGAGGGACGGGAAGGGGGUGAGGAUUGAGGGGGUGACGGUUCAUGCUAAUCCUUUGGCGGGGUGA